AGAAAAAGAAAAAACCACACAUACAAAACAAGAAAAAGCGUUUCAAAGAAAUAUUCACAGAAUCCAAAACCCUCCAAAAACCCAGAGAUUGGGGAAAAAUCAAAACACACAGUGUCAUCGAUUGUAAAAGCACAAAGAAGUGACGGAAAAAAUGAAGAAGAUACCAUUGAUUCUGAUGGGCUGUGGUGGUGUUGGCCGCCAACUCCUCCAACACAUUGUUUCCUGUCGAUCCCUUCACGCCAAACAGGGUGUGAGGUUGAGAGUAGUCGGAGUGUGUGAUAGCAAUUCCUUGAUUGUGGCAUCAGAUGUUAUCAAUGGCGAAGUGGAUGAUGUGGGUUUGACCCAAGUUUGCAAGGCUAAGUCCAAUGGUGCUUCUCUGGCUACUGUUAGCAGUCAUGCGAUGUCUGGUCAAGAAGUUACAAGCAAAAUCAUUGAGGUUGUUUCUCUUCUGGGUAACUCAACAGGCUUGGCUGUUGUAGACUGCUCUGCUAGUUCAGAAACUGCUGGAAUACUAAGCCAGGUGGUAGAUUUUGGUUGCUGUGUGGUGCUUGCUAACAAGAAGCCACUUACUGCUUCACUGGAAGUUUAUGAUAAGUUGGUGUCAUUACCUCGCCGCAUUAGACAUGAGUCAACUGUUGGUGCAGGCCUUCCUGUUAUAGCAGCAUUGAAUCGUAUAAUAUCUUCUGGAGAUCCAGUCCAUCGCAUUGUCGGGAGUUUAAGUGGUACCCUUGGAUAUGUGAUGAGUGAACUUCAAACUGGAAAGCCUUUUAGCAAAGUUGUCACUGUUGCAAAAAGCCUUGGAUACACUGAACCAGAUCCCCGAGACGAUCUUGGUGGCAUGGAUGUUGCAAGAAAGGCUUUGAUUCUUGCUCGUCUUCUAGGGCAUCGUCUGACAUUGGAUAGCCUUAAGAUUGAGAGCUUGUACCCUGUAGAAAUGAGACCCAGUGUGAUGCCUAUUGAAGAUUUCUUGGUGAAUGGCCUACCGCAACUUGAUGCUGACAUCCAAGAUAGGAUCACAAAAGCUUCAUCAAAGGGGAAUGUUCUACGUUAUGUUUGCUUGAUUGAGAAAACUAGGUGUGAAGUUGGCAUUCAAGAACUUCCAAAAGAUUCUCCUUUGGGAAGACUGAGAGGAAGUGACAAUCUGUUGGAGAUAUACAGCAGAUGUUACAACGAACAGCCAUUGGUUAUCCAAGGUGCCGGAGCCGGGAAUGAUACAACAGCUGCUGGUGUGCUUGCUGACAUUCUCGAUAUUCAAGACCUAUUUCCUUGAUACAAAAAGUUUCAUGCUUGGCUUUGAUGUAAGAUUUUGGUUACUUUUUGCUUAUGCUAUGCAUUCGAUUGGCACAAUUCGCAAGAAGAUGCAGGUGUAAAACUAACAGGAAAGAAACAAAUAGAGACAAUAACUGGUUUCUUGAAAAUGAGUAUUACUCACUCUAUCCAAACAGAUAGUCCAUAGAGAAUGAUGAAUUUUUUUUUUUUUUCCUUCUGUUUUUUUAGGAUAUAGGUAGUAUAAUACUCUCUCCAUCUCAUUUAUACAAACUAAAAAUAUUAAAAUAAUUUAAGUGAAUUAUUUUUUUAGGAUAGAGAGAAUAGUUCGUUGAUGAUUAUAUUUCUUAAACCAUAUUAGAUUUAAAUCGUAUUAGGGUUAAAUCUUAUAGUGAUCGACUGAUUGCUAUUACUUAGAAGAAGAAUAUAUUGUAUUUGUAUAACCAUACGUAGUUUACUAGUAAGGAUAAUAUUUUUCUUAUUUAUUUAUUUUUCUUUUCUAAAGAAUAAC